AUGUUGUCAGAUCCAUGGAUGAUCAUUGGUGGUACAUUUGUACUUCAUCAACUCAUUUUUUGGAUUCAUAAUGGUAUUCUUCUACUUAUCACUGACGUUCUCUGGCCGAAUCAAUUACACAAAUAUAAAAUACAAAAGGAUAUUCAUGUCGAUUGGAAAUCUAUUCGAAAAUGUGCACGAGCAGUCUUGUUCAAUCAAUUGUAUAUUUUUCUUCCAUUUCUCUUUUUCAUUUGCCCAUUAUUUAUGCAUCUAAAUGUCCGAUGGUAUUUACCGUUUCCCUCAUGGCAUCGAAUCAUAUUUGAACUGUUUGGCUUUGUUCUUGCCACUGAAGUAUUCUUUUAUUACAGUCAUCUUCUUCUUCAUACAUCGUUCAUAUAUGAACGCGUACAUAAGCAACAUCAUCAAUUUCGAGCACCAAUCGGUCUCGCUUCGGAAUAUGCUCAUCCGAUUGAAUUUGUCAUUUCGAACAUUGGCCCUGUCGCUGCUGGUCCGUUACUCUUUCGAUCUCACUUAUUAACAACAUGGAUUUGGCUUUUGGUUGCACUUGUGAGCACAAAUCAUGGUCAUUCAGGAUAUUCUAUACCAGGUCCAUUUGGUAUUAAUAUUAUCAAUGCAACAUUUCACGACUUUCAUCAUUCGCAAUUUACUGGCAAUUUUGGCAGCAUAGGUUUACUUGAUCGUCUUCAUGGCACUGAUAAAGCCUGGCGAGCAAGAAAGAUGAUAAAAAAAAAGCAAACGUAA